AUGCAGGCUCGAGUGCCGGCGGACGUGUGCAAAGCUCGCCUCACAGCCUUGCGCAAAGCAGACGGGGGCCUGCGUGGAAUCGCCAGAGGUGAUGGGCGUUGUCGCUUGGUUUUGAACCACCUGCCACUCGCCACCUGCCACUCGCGGGAGCUCGAGCUGGAACGGAUGCCCUUGCAAACCACGUGCGUGACGCCUCGGCAUGCCUCGGCAUGCCUCGGCGACACGCAGAGAAGCCGUUCUGGUGUCAGCACGUCGUGGGCGGCCUUCCUCGGCAAACUUCGCGCUGUGGGGGAAGGGAGGGGGAUGCUCCCGUUCGUGCGCUUGUUUUAUUAUGGGAGCCAUCCACUUAUUGUUGGUGGGACUGUGCAGGCCCGUUGCCGCGACGUUUCCCUUGUACAGUACGAUGCCCUCCAACAGCGGGCGGAAGCCGUCCAUCCCGACGACCGCCUCGUGGCCUUCCUGGAUGACCGCUACGUGGUCACGAUGCUGAGCCGCUCUCGACGCAGGUGCACGGUGUAUACAAAACUGGUGUGGCAUCGCAUCCAAUCUUUUGCCCGCGUCGUCGCUGCACAGCAGGCCGGAUUGCAGAACUGGGCGAUGAUGUGUGGCGAGGCGACAAGCCCGAUGCCUAACAAGGCGUAG